AUGAUGCCACUGGCGCCAAUGGCGCCCCUGCGCCCGUCCCAGACCGGGAGGUGCUGGAUCUUCCUCACCCUCGUGCACGUCUAUGUCUCCGCACGUGAUGCAAAGCGAAACUUCUCAGUCGGUUUGUUUCUGACGCCAGGGCCCAAACGUGAGAGUGCUUUGGCAUCGCUUGCAGCAGCGGUGUCGGACCCGACGUCACCCUCCUACGGCCACUAUGUCUCGCAGUCCGAACUGGCGGCCCACAUAGCCGUGGCGCCCGCCGCCUCGGCAGCGGCCGCCGCGUGGCUGCCAGCUGCGCUGAAUGUGACCACACCGGCACAUGUCGUGGCGCAUGGUGAUGCUACGAUCCUUACCGUUUCGGACUUCUUCGCUACCUACGACCUCGGGGCCCUGCUUGUGGGCAAUCGCUCGGAUGCUGCAGCUCCGGCAGGGGACUUGCCCUUGGAAGCCAAUUUGCUGCUGACCCCGCCAGCCCCGGACAGACUCUGCCACAACCGCACAGAGGCGGCCUGCCGUAAGCCCUGCCGAUGGCAUGUGAGCAAUCACAGCAAGGAGAGGAACGCCACCAACACGACGGCCAAAGCAGCCUGCAAGGGCGACUUCGCGGGCUGGAUCUGCUGGCGGCCGGCCUCUGCCACUCGUGGGAAAAAGAAGGAGCCCUGGCAGUGCUUCGAGCCCGGCGAUGUUCUGGGCGUCAACGACACGAAGCUGGGAGUGUCCAGUCUGGGCCGCAAGAGACGAAGGCGUGGCCGUGCCCGGAGCUUCGUCGACGGUUUAGGUAGCACCGGCUCCAAGUUCCGCGCUUUGCCCCGAAGCAGCGGAAUCACGCUGAUCUACAGGCCGAAGAAUGCGUCCCACCCGAAGGAAAGCUGGUCAAGCCUGGAGUUGACUUUGCUCCAGAAUGAUUUUCCUGUGAAUCGUCUCAUCCAGCACGAGGACUUCUCGGCGCACCACGAUGUUCGCCUCGUGGACAUCCCUGGACUUGCGAAUCUGAGACCUGUACGGGAGAUGUUCGUAUGCUUCAAUGCUGCGGAGUACUCCUCUCCAGCACCGGGAGAGAAGGGCUGCCGAUGCAAGGUCGAGCACGAGACAAAAGGCAGAGACGAGCGCUUGGGGCGUGAGUGCCGCAAAGUUUGGUCCACGACCCCGCAGCGCCAAGAGAGUGGGGGCCUGCUGCCGCGAGGAAUUCAGUCAUUGCAGGCACUCUACAGUGACCUCGAGGUGGAUCCCGAGGACGGGCGUGGAAUGCGCGAUUCCACACAGGCGGUCGGUCAGUUCAACGACGAGGCCUUCCUCGAAGCGGACGUGGAGCAUUUGCACCGCGAGUACGGCCUCAACCCGGCCCUGCGAAAUGAAAUCAAGGUGGAAGGCGUCCGCGGCAAAGUGGACAACGCCGACACCGGCGGCGAAGGAUCCCUCGACCUGCAGGUCAUCACGAGUCUGGCUUUCGGAGCCAACACUACGUGGUGGGGUGUGGACCCGCACUCUAUGGAUGGCUUCAUGCUCGCCUACGCGGUGCAGGUCAACGACCACCCAGAACCGCCCCUGGUGCACAGCAUUAGCUGGGGCGAUGCAGAGGCACUGUAUCCGCCCAUCUUCAUCCAGCGCUUGGAUUACGAAUUGCUGAAGCUUGCUCUCCGCGGGAUCACCGUGAUUGUUGCCAGCGGCGACAACGGGAACAGCGCCGUGGGAACCGACUGCGACUUCCUACCCGACCUGGCGGGCACCUCCCCCUGGGUGACCUCUGUGGGCGCCACGAUGCCCUCACUGGAAUCAAAGCCGUAUUGUACAGCGAGGUCCUUCCAAGAGCAGUUCGGCCAAUGUGUGGAGCCGGGGCAGGUGGUCUGCUCGACCAGCGAGGGCGCGCUGAUCACAAGCUCCGGCUACUUCUCAAUCUACCGUUCUCGGCCAAGCUAUCAGGAUCGGGCCCUUGAGGUCUUCCUCAGCAGCUCAGAGUGUCUUCCUUGCCAUGUGCGCAACGACUCCCAGCAUGUAGAUCAUCUCGAGAUUCCGUGCCAGCACGUGAACCGCUCCGGCUGCCCUUUACGACCCCUGGUCCGGCGAAGUCGAGCAGCACCUGACGUGGCCCUUCCGGGGCAAAGCUACCCGACUGUGGUCAACAAAAGCGUCCUCUCCUUCGAUGGAACCUCGGCCUCCGCGCCGGCCCUGGCGGCGUUGGUCUCGCGUCUCAACGAGGCCCAGCGCCGCGCAGGGCGGCCCUCCCUGGGUUUGCUGAAUCCUUGGCUCUACCAGGUUCACCGCGAUCAUCCAGAAGCUUUCCUCGAUGUUGUGGUCGGGGACACCGCUUCCACGGAGGAUCACCUCUGCAAAGUGGGAUUCCGUGCUGGUCCUGGGUGGGAUCCCACCACAGGGUUGGGCGUGCCGCUCUUCUCGCGGCUGCGAUCGCUGCUUCCGCGGCCGGUCCCCACGACCGCUGAGGAGCCCAUCCAGACCUGGAAGGCAGCCGGUCGAUUGCCGAGGCUCACAGAUCCCUGGUCGAUGUUUGUGCUCUCGAGCCCAAUCCUUCUUGCAGGUGUCUGGCUGGCAGCGCGGCAGCGGCCCAGGCACCGCCUCCGCGCGCCUUUGCUGGAGGACACCAGCUGUGAAGCUCGCGACUGCCAUCAUCCCUCCUGCUGA